AUGGCUGCCUUCUCCACCUUAAAAAAUGCAAACCCCCUUCACAUUUUCUCCAUGAAACCAUCAUCACCACCAAUAUCAAAGCUCAAAACCCUCUUCCAAACCUUCAUCUUCUCCCACAUGUACCGCGCCGCACGUGCCCUUUCAAAGGCAAAAUCGCUUCUCCUCGAGCACGUGCGGGACAUGCAGUUCCUACACCUAACGGAGUUCAGGAGGAGUAGGAAUUGCAAGAAAACGCUAUUUUUCGGCUCGUUUAGGCUCCAUUAUAAUUGGUGCACGUCACACGUGAUGACCAACAUGACCAAGACGACGUUGGCCAUCCCUGAUGGGACAACGUCGUCUCUGUACUAUCGAGAGCCAGAAGGGCUCUCGAGGUACUUAGGGUGGCUUGAGGAGGAGAAGGGGAAUCAAGACUCAAGCUCUAAUGAGAUUGAUAAACUUGCUGAUUUGUUCAUUGCGGAUUGUCAUGAGAAAUUCAGGCUGGAAAAACAGAAAUCUUAUAGAAUAUUUCAGGAGAUGAUGGCUAGAAGUGUAUGA